AUGGCAUCCUCCAAGGUGGUGCUCACCACGAAUCCCGAUGUGGCACCGCAGAGUUCCAUUUCGAGCCAGGUAUGGGACGAGGUGGUUGCCGCCACUGAGUCUCAGGACAUGUCCGUCACCCUCCACGAUUUGUUGUUGACCUCCGUUGCCAGAAACGACGCCGUUCCGCCCUCUCACGGGGGAAGGGGAAAGAGAAAGGCUGUGGAGGAACCCGUCGUCGAUAAGGCCACUCUUCAGAAACAGAGAAGGAUGAUCAAAAACAGAGAAUCUGCCGCUAGGUCCAGGGAACGCAAACAGGCUUACACAGUUGAGUUAGAGUCUCUGGUUACAAUUCUCGAGCAAGAGAAAGCUCGAUUGUUAAAGGAAGAGGCUGAUAGGAGAAGGCAGAGGUUCAAUCAGCUCAUGGAGUGGCUUAUUCCAGUUGAGGAGAAGAGUAAACCUAGACGAAUGCUUCGGAGAGUGAAUUCAGCACAGUGGUGA